GCGAUCCAGUCUAGUCGACACGAUGUCAGGAAGAGGAAAAGGGGGUAAAGGACUCGGGAAAGGAGGAGCCAAGCGCCAUCGCAAAGUUCUCCGCGAUAACAUCCAGGGAAUCACCAAGCCCGCCAUCCGCCGCCUGGCUCGCCGUGGCGGUGUGAAGCGCAUCUCUGGUCUGAUCUACGAGGACACCCGCGGUGUCCUGAAAGUGUUCCUGGAGAACGUGAUCCGUGACGCGGUCACUUACACAGAGCACACCUAGAGAAAGACUGUGACCGCCAUGGACGUGGUUUACGCUCUGAAACGCCAGGGACGCACCCUGUACGGCUUCGGCGGGUAAAGGCUUUGUCCUCCCUACUCGAGCAUUCCAUCUUGAAC